AUGUCUUCCGCCCUUCAAGAUCCAGCUGUCUAUUUGAUCCAACCAGUCCACCCUGACAAUGAGCCAGGCUCCAAGUCCGUCAGCGGCGACAAGGCGACCAAGGUCACCUUCAUCAACAACCGUGCCAGCCCAGUCCACGUCUGGUGGCUCAACUACGAGGGAAAGCGAGUUUCAUACGGAUCCGUCGCAGGCAAAGGUGGUGUUAAGGAACAGGACACAUACGUCACCCACCCAUGGGUUGUUGUCGAUGAACCCAACCAAUCUGUAUUGGGUAUCUACCACCCAGGUGCUCGUUCAGGACGCAUCAUUCUGCUUUAA